AUGAGCCUCUUCAAUCAAACAUUCAACCAACCAAGGACUUGUUUUGGCUUGUGCCAUGAUGCCCCUGCCUCAGGUAGACCAAACCUUCGAAUGAUACCAAACGAAGACGAAAAGAAAAAGGAGUUGGACAAUUUACUCUCCCAAGCCUUCAAUGAACUUACUUUUGAAGAAAGAGAAGAGCAUCAGGAACUUCUUCAUGGCGUAAAAGUCACGAAUACCGAAGAUGAAGCUCUCUUGCAUGGCGCACUGCAAGAACUAGAAAGACAUCUUACAAAUAUCAAGAGCGAUAGUGUUUAUGAAAUGGCCGAAAGCAUGGACCCUGUAUUUGUCAAUGCCAGAGCCUUUCGCGCCAUGUUUCUGAGGGCUAACGAUUACGAUGCCAAAGCUUCAUCAGAUCAGAUGUUGAGGUUCUUUGAGUCAAAGCAGCAGCUCUUCGGAAGUGACAAGCUUGUCAAGGACAUCACAAUCGAUGACUUCGAUGAGGAUGACAUGGCUCGCCUUAAAACAUCACUCGUUCAGCUUGCGGCUCGAGACAGAUCAGGAAGGCAAACUCUCUUUCAUUUUGGAGGACGUCGCUUGGGAGGUCUGAUAUCAUCGAAAAAGUCUAUAGAGAGCGUUUUGCGGGCUCAAUACUAUGUCACGAUGAAAGCCUUGCAAUCAGAAGAGACGCAACUUAGAGGAAUCGUCUCAAUAUGGUAUACCCUUGGAGAGUUAGAGUUGAAAAUGCAAAAAGGGUAUUUCGAACGUUUCACACUCGCAAGAGCUCUACCCCAGAAGGUAGUAGCCAUUCAUUUCUGUGUUAAGGAGUCGCAACAGCUGUCCCCUAUCACCUUUUUGGUUAAAGUAAUGCAAGCCAAAAUGAGGGCAAAAUUUAAAUUGCACUUUGGUUCUUUGACUGAGUGCCGAUAUCAGUUGUCCACAUAUGGUAUCUUGCCGGAAUCACUACCCCUUGAUCACAAUGGAAACAUCAAUCUAGACCAGCAUCUACACUGGGUCCAAUCCUGUGCCAUGAAAGAAAGCCUUGGUCGACCUACUACCGUCGUGGAGUCAGCAAAGGCCACACCGAAUGACAAUGACGUGCUCUUCACUGGUGGUAAGAUUAUCAACCAUGUAGGGAACCAGCGAUUUCGAGCCCUCGUUCGCGACUUUUCAGACGAUUAUGAUGCUGGCACUGACGAGAAGAAGAGACAGAUUGUUGGUGAAAUUGUUGUCAAGAUUCAAGAUGCUGGAGGUCGUUUUCUCAAACCGCAAGGCAAGGGAGCAGUCGCGAUUUGGGAGGAAGUGCCAUUUCACGAGACACGAAAGAAAACAAUGCAAACCUUUCGUAAUCGUCGUCGCCGUCAAGAUGCUUGCAAUAAGCGGAAAACCAACGAAUCUAGUGGUAUCUUGAUAACAGGUGCCCCCCUUCCCGUGGACGUGAUCUUUGGUAGGGCACAAAGAAAUCUGGGCAACGACUGGUUACAGCAUCUAAUUGUGGAGAACUUCGAAGAGUACGAAUCUUUGAAUCGUGGUGUGAAGAUGCGACUUGUGGAACGGAUAAUGAAAACUAUAAAGGAUCAAGGUGGUCGAUUCCUAGAGCAAGCACCCGAAAAAGGUAGAUGGGUUGAGCUGCCUAAUGACCAUGCAAGAGAUCGAAUAUCAAAGUACUUUCGAAACCAUCGAAGGCCAUCUAAGAAAGUAGUAAUGAGGUAG